GGCGAGGAUGAUCCGCCGAAAGAAGCGUCCUCCAUCCUGAUCUGCAGUCUGCUCUCAGCAGAGAAAAACGCCCUGGCAUAUAAGAGUUACCAGGACUGUAGCACCGGGAGGCAGCCCGCAGAUGGACCCAAAACUGGAGAGGGGCUCUACUACAAUGCUGCUGCACCGAACCUCUUGCACUCUUGCCGCUAUCAGGGAUCGGCUGACUCGGGUCCCGGUCUCAACAUCUGA